CCUGGACGGAUUAGGGUGUUACAGAUACAUUGAACGGAACAAACUUUGUUGACUGGCAACGCAAUCUCUCCAUUGUUCUCCGCAUGGAUGAGAAAGAGUAUGUGCUCGAAAAGCCCAUUCCUCCUGCCCCUCCCGCUAACGCCCCGAAAGCGGUCAAAGAUGCCUACAAGAAACACGUUAAGGAUGACAACCAGGUUAGCUGUGUCAUGCUGGCUACCAUGAUAACCGAGCUGCAAAAACAGCACGAGGACAUGAAGGCCCACGAGAUGAUCGUGGCCUUACGGCAGCUAUACCAGGGGCAAUCCAGGCAUGAACGUUUUCUCGUGAGUAAGGCUCUCUUUAGUUGCAAGCUCUCUUCAGGGAACCCGGUUGAGAGGUCGCCGGAGUUAGGAGCUUUUGUCGCCGGAAGUUUCGCCGUUCUUUCGCCGGAAUCUUCGUUAAGCUUCGAGCCAUGGAAGAAGGGAAGAAAUCUGGAGAACUACACUGUCCAAGGUCUUCUUGAUGAGCUCAGAACCUAUGAGCACGAGCUGAAGAAGAAGAAGGAAGAACAAGUCACUCCCUUCCCCACGACACUGAUGACAGCUCCAAGAGUACCAUCAAGUGAAGGGACAUGCCCAAGGAACUGUGACACACCUUCCUCCAGUCAGCUGUCAAGUUCAAAAAUGGAGAACUACGAUGAGGAAUUUGCCAUGAUGGUCAAGCAAUUCCGGAAGUUCAAAAAGUUAUUCAAGAAAGCUGACUCAGUCAAAAGGCCAUCCAAGGGAAAGCCACAGGUAAGUGACUCUCCUCCUGAAUCUUAUUUGUGUUACAAUUGCAGGAAGCCUGGCUACUGGAAGUCAGCAUGCCCGUACCCAAAAGUGGGGAAGUACGGAGAAAGAGAAAGGAUCGAGAAGAAAAAGAAGGCAAUGGUUGCUGCUGAAAGUGACGAGUCAUCCAGCUCAAGCUCGGAUGAAGAAGCUCUCAUCUGCAUGGAGCGCAGAGCUGAAAAGUCCAACCAUGAGGAUAGGUGGACUAUGUCAGAUGAUGACACUCUCUGCCUAAUGCCCAAAGAUGAUGCUGAUCAAGAGGUAACCUCACAGACCUCCUGCUCAUCUUCUUAUGAAAGCAUACCAACUUCUGAAAAUCUUUUUGACCAGUUCAAAAAGAUGAUGAAAGACUUUGAGGAGAUAAAUCUCAAACAUUCUUCCUUAACAAAGGAGAACAAACUAUUGAGUGAAGAGAAUCUCAAGUUGACUGAAGGUCGGAAAAGUCAACUGAAUGAGAUCACUCAACUCAAGACUGAAAAUGAAUCUCUCUCUGAAAAGGAAGCCACUAAGUACCCAGGUGUCUGGUACUUAGACAGUGGCUGUUCAAGACACAUGACGGGUGAUGUGAGCCUUUUGAGCAAUCUAAUUCCCUAUGAUGGUCCAAGAGUUACUUUUGGAGGAAGCAAUGAUUUUGGCCUUACCAAAGGGCUAGGAAAUCUGGUGUACAAGGGACUAACCAUCCAAGCUGUAUCUUAUGUUGAAGGUAUCAAUUACAACCUUCUUAGCAUAAGUCAGUUUUGUGAUAAAGGUUACUCCUUGGAAUUCUGCAAGGACAUGGCAUCUCUCAAGAACAUCUCCACAAAUGAAGUUAUUCUCACUGGGAAGAGAAUCAGAAACAUCUAUGAAGUUGUCGGAGCAAAUGUCCACUUCCAGAAGUUAGAAGCCAAGUGCUCCUCACCAACAUUCUUCCAAAGCUAUCUGCAAAUGAUAGCCGCUCAAGAACUCUCCGAAUUUCUUCAAAUGGAGAUUCGCCUCAAAUUCGAGGAAGUAGUUCUCGAAUUCUACAGAAAUGGAGAAAUCAAAACUGCCCAUUCAAAGAAGGACCCACAGAGGACGUUUCCAGUCAUCAAGUCCAGUGUUGGAGGUACAAAAGUGAAGCUUUCGCAGAAGAAAUUGGGAGAAAAGCUUCGCCUUCCCAAUUCUGGAGUUGAAGUUGGGAAAUUUCCAGUCAAAAAUCUGGACUGGAACAUCAUUGGAAUUUCUGGGCGAACUCCUUCUGGCCCUGCGAAGAAAGCAGAUCUAAACAACGAUUAUAAGUUGGUUUUGGAACUGAUCAUCGCUUGCCUCGAGUGUGGAAGUGGAGGUCAUGCUGAUAACAUCACCCAGGAGAGAGCCUUCAUUAUCAACUCUCUCAUUACCAAAACUAAGGUAAACUGGGCUGCACACUUUUUCAAUUCCAUCUCAAAGCAUUUGGGAAAGUCCAACCAGAAAUAUCUCUGUCAAGGACUAUACCUUGGACAUAUUUUGGGAUCUAUGGGUAUUGCUUCUAAAGGAAAGAAGUAUGAAGAAAGAUACUGGCUAUAUUAUCUGUCUUCAAAAGGGGAAAACAGAGCUGAAGGAGAAUCUGAAAGAACACUGAAGGUUACUGAUGAAGAAGAUGUCCAAGAAGAUGCUGAAUCUCUUCCUAUGCAACUCUUCCAAAGAACACCAUCAUCUCAUCAGGUAACCAACUUUCAUUUCCAUAGCUCUUCCACCCCUGCUCUUCCGGAUGAGAUACCGGAAAUCUGGACAAAGAAGGUCCAAGGGCUGAUUGAAUCAGCCCUAGCAUCUCAACAUGCCUCCUUUAGGCAAGAGAUAGAACAAAUGGAAGUCAGGCACACCCAGCUAAUAGAGAAAUCUGAAGGAAAACACAGCGCAGAUCUCAAAGAAAUAAGCAAAUCAGUGCAGAAGACUCUGGAGAUUAUCUCUCUAUUGAGUGAAACUGUAAGCAACACGAUGGAAAUGUAUGCCUCUGACAGUCAACUUCAUCUCAAAGAGAUCAACAAAGUCAAAGAGCAAAUAGCAAGUGUCACAAUUAGUCUCCAAAAACAGAUGUCCCUUCUCCAAAUGGACAUCAGAUCAGCCCUAGCAGUAGCUUCUGCAAAUCAGGUAGUAACCAAGGACUACUUGAAGGUAAUCAUUGACAAUCAAAAGGAAGCAUUCAAGCUGUUCAGACUUAUUGGUGCAAACUCUGGAAACCGCAAGAUGGAAGUAAUUCUCCAACAACACAGUCCAUCUCCAAUACCACAGCUCCCUAUUGCAAUCAAAGAAGGAGAAGUAUCUUAUAUUCCUUCUCAUCUGAACUUGACAAAUCUAAUCCUUGAAGCACAGCAAAGAAAUCCGGAAAACUCAGCACAACUUCUAUCCAGCUCAGGACUGGAUGGAAGAGAAGUUAUAGGUAUAGUUGUUGACCACUUCUCAAAUGAUGCUCAAUCAGAAGAAAGACGUGAAAAUUUAAGACGCAUCAAAGAACUGUGUGGGAACAUGAAGGGCAUCAGUGAAGUUGCCGGAUCUUCAAAGCGCAAGAGAAACUGAAGGUUCUUUACAUCAAAAUAGGGGGAAA